AUGUCGGCCAUCCUGCGGGAGCUGCUUCGCGUCUCAGAGAAGGCGGCCCACAUCGCCCGCGCCUGCCGGCAGCAUGACGCCCUCUUCCAGCUGCUCAUCGAGGAGAAGAAGGGCGAGGACAAGAACAAGAAGUUCGCCCUGGACUUCAAGACGCUGGCCGACGUGCUGGUGCAGGAGGUGAUCAAGCGGCACAUGGAGGCCAAGUUCCCAGGCUUGGAGGAGAAAAUUUUGGGGGAAGAGUCCAACGAGUUUACCAAUGCUCUGGGGGAAAAGAUCGUCUUGAGGCUGUGCCCCACGGAGGCGGAGACGGCCGAGCUGCUGAGCAGAGUCCUGAACGGGAACCAGCCGGCGGCCGCGGCCCUGGCCAAGGUCGUGCAUGAGGACGUGCCCUUCGCCGACCCGGCCCUGGAUUCGGUCCAGGUCGCCAUUCCACAGGACACGAUGGGAAUCUGGGUGGACCCCAUAGAUUCCACGCACGAGUACAUCCAGGGCUGUGCCGACGUGGAGCCCAGCCACGGCGUCUUCCCCCGCGGCCUGGCCUGCGUCACCAUCCUCAUCGGCGUCUACGACCUGCAGUCGGGGCUGCCCCUGAUGGGCGUCAUCAACCAGCCUUUCGUGACGCUGGACCCCGUCACCCACAGGUAG